GAUUGCGAAACGUACUGCGCCCCUAUAGGUGGCCAGAAACAAUUUCUGAAAUCUCCAAAUCCAAAUCCAAAUCCAAAACUAGAUGUGAAUGCCUGUUGCUCAGUAUAUCAAUAUCUAUGCGGAGGCCCCUUGGAGGGUAUAGCGUCAUCCUUAAGAUUGUUGCUCAUUUCACUGGCAGGCCCUAAUGCAAGAACAGUAUCACG